AUGUUUUACAGCAGAGUACAGAGUUGUAUGUUAGCAGCUGCCUACCUUGCUUAUCUCCUGAUGGGCGCUCUCAUCUUCCAGGUUCUGGAAAAAGAUGCCGAGAGGCUACAGCAAGGCAUCACUUUUAGACUGGAGGACUUUCUGAAGAACGUCACUUCCCUCAGUGCAGCGGAGGUGAACAUCUUAGUGGAGAAUCUGAUGGAAGCUGUUAGGAGGGGCAUAUAUCCAGCAGAAAAUGAAUUAUCUGAUGAACACAACAAUUGGGAUUUCAGUAAUUCUUUCUUCUUUGUGGGUUCUAUGUUAUCCACAAUAGGCUACGGAAACCUCUCCCCCAAAACAGCUGGUGGUCAGCUUUUCUGUGUCUUUUUUGCUCUCUUUGGAAUUCCUCUGAAUAUUGUCUUUUUACAGCAUAUUGGCAAGAUGCUCUCCAUGGUCUGCGAACGGCUAGCUAAAUGGCUGUAUAGGAAAGGUGUAAAAAAGAAAACCGCAAGGGGCUUGACGCUUCUGUUCUUCCUGCUUAUGGGAAUACUGGUGUUUCUUUGUGUGCCAUCAGCCAUCAUUCGAAAAAUAGAGGGCUGGUCCUAUAGUGAAGCAAUUUAUUUUACAUUUAUUACCCUCAGCACCAUUGGAUUUGGAGAUUAUAUGAUAGGGAGGCAACGUGACAAAUUCUACUUCCCUGGCUAUCGGAUUGUGGUAGCAAUUUGGAUUAUCUUCGGACUUGCUUGGAUAGCACUACUGUUUAAUUUACUGACAACAUUACUGGAAGACCCAAAUGAGAAACCCAUUGAGGAUUAUCUUCAGGUCAAGACAGUCAGAAAGAAAAAGAAGAACUCAAAAAAGGAUCCAUCUUCUUCACUGGAAGAUGGCCCAAUGUUACAUUCCAGUAGAGAUGGACAAAGCAAUCAGUUAUAA